CGCGGGAGGGUGGCUGUGCCGAGGUCCUGCCCGAGCCGGGUUCUCAUGGAGGAUCCGUCUUCUCUCUGAGUUGCCUUUGGAGUCGAUUCCUGCACAUGGCAUUGGUGUGUCAGUUCAGGCAGCCCGUCAGGGCCCAGCCUCUGCCAGCACUCUCCCAGGGCAAGCUCACCCGGACAGACUCAUGUGACGUGUGCAACAGCACCGAUCUUCCGGAAGUCGAGAUCAUCAGCCUGCUGGAGGAGCAGCUGCCCCAUUAUAAGUUAAGAGCUGACACCAUCUACGGUUAUGACCACGACGACUGGCUCCAUACGCCCCUCAUUUCUCCAGAUGCCAACAUUGACCUCACGACCGAGCAAAUUGAAGAGACGCUGAAGUACUUCCUUUUAUGUGCUGAAAGAGUUGGCCAGAUGACUAAGACGUAUAAUGACAUAGAUGCUGUCACUCGGCUUCUUGAGGAGAAAGAGCGGGAUUUAGAACUGGCUGCUCGGAUCGGCCAGUCGUUGUUGAAGAAGAACAAGACACUAACGGAGAGGAACGAGCUUCUGGAAGAGCAAGUGGAACACAUCAGGGAGGAGGUGUCCCAGCUCCGGCAUGAGCUGUCCAUGAAGGAUGAGUUGCUGCAAUUCUACGCCAGUGCUGCAGAGGACAGCGAGCCCGAGUCCGUGUGCUCCACCCCGUUGAAGAGGAAUGAGUCGUCCUCCAACGUGCAGAACUACUUUCACCUGGAUUCUCUUCAGAAGAAGCUGAAGGACCUUGAGGAGGAGAACGUCGUGCUCCGAUCCGAGGCCUGCCAGCUAAAGACGGAGACCAUCACCUACGAAGAGAAGGAACAGCAGCUGGUCAACGACUGUGUGAAGGAGCUGAGGGAUGCCAAUGUGCAGAUUGCCAGUAUCUCAGAGGAGCUGGCCAAGAAGACUGAGGAUGCUGCCCGCCAGCAAGAGGAGAUCACGCACCUGCUGUCCCAGAUAGUUGACUUGCAGAAGAAGGCCAAAGCUUGUGCCGUGGAAAAUGAAGAGCUGGUCCAGCACCUGGGGGCGGCUAAGGAUGCCCAGCGGCAGCUCACGGCCGAGCUGCGCGAGCUGGAGGACAAGUAUGCGGAGUGCAUGGAGAUGCUUCACGAGGCGCAGGAGGAGCUGAAGAACCUCCGGAACAAGACCAUGCCCAACACCACGUCCCGGCGCUACCACUCCCUGGGCCUGUUCCCCAUGGACUCCUUGGCAGCAGAGAUCGAGGGAACGAUGCGCAAGGAGCUGCAAUUGGAAGAGCCUGAGUCUCCAGACAUCGCUCACCAGAGGCGAGUCUUUGAGACGGUGAGAAACAUCAACCAGGUCGUCAAGCAGAGGUCUCUGACCCCGUCCCCCAUGAACAUCCCUGGCUCCAACCAGUCCUCAGCCGUGAACUCCCUCCUGUCCAGCUGCGUCAGCACCCCCCGGUCUAGCUUCUAUGGCAGUGAUGUUGGCAACGUGGUCCUGGACAACAAGACCAACAGCAUCAUCCUGGAAGCAGAGUCAGCUGACCUGGGGAAUGACGAGCGGAGCAAGAAGCCCGGGACGCCGGGCACCCCGGGCUCCCACGACCUGGAAACCGCUCUGCGGCGGCUGUCCCUCCGCCGGGAGAACUACCUCUCGGAGCGGAGGUUCUUCGAGGAGGAGCAGGAGCGGAAGCUCCGGGAGCUGGCGGAGAAGGGCGAGCUGCUCAGCGGCUCCCUCACGCCCACGGAGAGCAUCAUGUCCCUCGGCACCCACUCCCGCUUCUCCGAGUUCACCGGCUUCUCGGGCAUGUCCUUCAGCAGCCGCUCCUACCUGCCCGAGAAACUCCAGAUCGUGAAGCCGCUGGAAGGCUCCGCCACCCUUCACCACUGGCAGCAGUUGGCCCAGCCCCACCUCGGGGGCAUCCUGGACCCCCGGCCCGGUGUGGUCACCAAGGGCUUCCGGACACUGGACGUUGACCUGGACGAAGUGUACUGCCUUAACGACUUUGAGGAAGACGACACAGGUGACCACAUUUCCCUCCCGGGCCUAGCUACCUCCACGCCAGUUCAGCACCCAGAGACCUCAGGUGAGGGGUCCCGAGCACGCGUGACUGUCUCAGGCAGCAGAAGUUACCCACGCCGGCCUCAGGCUUUCCCAGAGGAGAUGCAGGAGCCGCCCGCGGCCGAGGAGGAGGAGGAGGAGGAGGAGGAGGGGUCUGCACACCACCCUGGGAAGUGCAUGUCACAGACCAACUCCACCUUCACCUUCACCACAUGUCGUAUCCUGCAUCCUUCAGAUGAGCUCACGCGGGUCACGCCAAGCCUUAACUCGGCUCCAACUCCAGCUUGUGGCGGCACCAGCCACUUGAAGUCCACGCCGGUGGCCACCCCGUGCACUCCACGGAGACUGAGCCUGGCCGAGUCCUUCACUAACACCCGCGAGUCCACGACCACCAUGAGCACGUCUCUGGGGCUGGUGUGGCUGCUGAAGGAGCGGGGCAUCUCUGCGGCCGUAUAUGACCCGCAGAGCUGGGACAGGGCCGGCCGGGGCUCCCUCCUGCACUCCUACACCCCCAGGAUGGCGGUGAUCCCCUCCACCCCACCCAACUCGCCUCUGCAGACACCCACGUCUUCCCCGCCCUCCUUUGAGUUCAAGUGCACGAGCCCUCCCUACGACAACUUCCUGGCUUCCAAGCCGGCCAGCUCCAUCCUGAGGGAGGUGAGGGAGAAGAAGAACGUCCGGAGCAGCGAGAGCCAGACAGACGUGUCCGUCUCCAACCUCAACCUCGUGGACAAAGUCAGGAGGUUUGGCGUGGCCAAAGUGGUGAACUCAGGGCGAGCCCACGUCCCCACCUUGACUGAGGAUCAGGGACCUCUCCUCUGUGGGCCCCCGGGCCCAGCCCAGGCCCUGGUCCCCGAGGGCCUGCCUCUUGGAUGCCCCACGGUCACGAGUGCCAUCGGCGGGCUGCAGCUCAACAGCGGCAUCCGGCGGAACCGCAGCUUCCCCACCAUGGUGGGGUCCAGCAUGCAGAUGAAAGCCCCCGUGACUCUCACCUCGGGCAUCUUGAUGGGUGCUAAGCUCCCCAAACAAACUAGCUUCCGGUGAGGACGGGAGGGGGGCCCUUUCCCUGGAGGAGACCCGUCUUUGCUCCUGCCUCCCUCUCUCCCCCACUGCACUGCGCGUUCUCCAUCUCUCCCCCUCCGCCCCUCCCCUCUUGAGCUAGACAAAUCAACCUCGUGCCUAAUGGGGGAAGAGUGGAGACUUUGUACAGUGUGUACAUAGGACCUGGAGACUUGUAUCCGCCCUGCCCUUCCUCCGUAUCCCACGGGAAGGGCCCUGGCUGUCACUGCUGUCACCGGGACUUUGUGCGGCCGGGGACAGGGGCAGGCGGGCGGCCCUUUCUCCUCCUCUCCUUUGAGAAGCACUGAAACCCCCCCCCCCCCCCCAGUCGUUCUUAUCCCAUGGAUAGGAAACCAGUGAAUCUGUGGCUCCCAGCGCUGUGCAUCGCGAGCCGGCACGGGGCACCGCGCCUCUGCCGGCCGCGUGUCUCUGGGCGCCUCCCCUCGCUCGCCCCGGAAGCGCGGCAGGAGCCUCGGGCUGCGGCCCCACGCAGCUGAUGUAGCUUUCGGGAGCGCAGGGCUGUUCUUUCUUUCAGCGGCGGCCCGGCUUCCUCGAGACCUUCACUCCUCUGCUUCAACGGAGAGUCGCUUCUUUUUUUUUGAGGUGGGACUUUUUCUUUCCAUGCCUUCGACCUCAGUCGCCCUUCACUGUCCCGUAAUCAUUCGUCAGGCCGGAGGUCUGACCUGGAAGAAUGUAUCCACGCUCCCGUCGCCCCUUGGGGCAGCCCCCGUGUGUUCUGCGUGAGGGUUCCGUUGUUCCGUUGUCUGUUUUUCUUAUAGGCAGGGAAGUAAUGGUACUAGAUGGCGCGUCACAGUCCGCGUCCCGUGGUUCCAGGACACCGACACCGUACGGUUUUCCUCAUACCGAACCGCUGAUGAGAGAGCGGCCGGGCUUGGGGACCCCGUGUCCCAGCCCCGUUAAGACCAGCCCCGAGACGACAUGUUUAACAAUGCGAUUAAAAGGAAAGCGGGUAGAGGGAGGAGGCUGGGAGUGGAAUCUGUCAGCAGUGGAAGUAAAAGGAACCCCAGCUACCCGUACGUAAUACGAAACCAGUUCACGGGAGAAAGGGGGCUGUGGCAGUCUGCUGGUUCCAGUCCUUCCUGGGACGCCCGAGACUGGUCCGCGUGUCUUCACGGAUGUGGUCUUCACGCAGGCAUUCGGCGCCCACUCCCUGGGCCCUCACGUCUCGGGCCAGAGUGCUUAUUACCACAAGGUAUCUUCUCCCUCUCCCGCGAAGGCCCGUGUCUAGGAAAAGAUAGGUGCUCGUGGGAAGAACGGUGCGUGAACAAGGGAGCCUGGUCCUGUGGGUGGCGCUGAUGAAGUUCGGACCUUUUAUUUAUUGGUGCGUGCUGUGUUUUAAACAUGCGCUCUCCUUUCCGGUUCCGGCGUGGCUGUGGCAUUCCAGGCCAAGCAGGUAACUUAUUUAUUCUAACCUGAGGACUGCGCCGUCCCUCAGUGUUCCGUGGUCCUUUGGUCCAGCCAUCUGAGGAAGGGUAACAUCCCGUGCAGACGAAGGUGUCGCGUUGCCGUCCCCCGCCCCCUCCCCCAAUGUGUCCAGUUGAGUGAGUGGAAACCCACGCCCGCUGAAGCGUCUUUGAGAAAGUCUCAAAGGAGCAAACGUCGGUCGUCCGAUUUUAGAGUAUGUAUUCUCAGAACACGAAGGUGUGGGUUGUUUCGGUUGUAUGCGUGCACUCACUGCAAGGAGAUUUUUUUAUUUGAAUGUAUUUUAAAGCAGUAGGUAGAACCACAAAGGAGUAUGAAAACCACGAAUUGAAUGGACCACUUUGUGUAUUCAGAGAGGAGCCACCCAUCACCACAAAGGAAAUACCAGUGUAAAAAAUCGGCAAUUCGGAGGUCGCAGUACUUAGUAUAGUUCAUGAUCGACCUUGUGCAACCACUACCAAAAAAGCGUGUUGUAAUGCAUCGAAAAACAAUACAAUUUCCUUCUCUAAUGAAUAUCAAUAAAAUAAGUUCAAAUGAUGGAAACCACAC